UGAUAUUCAAUUUUAACUACAAUUGAUUGUCAUACGUUAUGCAAUACAGGUGAUUCGUGUGUUUAUUUUUUCGUUAUUGAGGGAAUAAAAUUUUGGAAAACUAUUUUAAAAUUAUAAAACUUUUUGGUGCAAAAAAUAUUGCAAUCAAAGAGGAUAUAAAAAUAUGUUUAGAAAGCUUGAAUUUUGGACCAUAAAGGGUUUGCUAGCUGCAGUGGCUGUACAAAGAGUCGAGGGCAAGAAAACACCGCCAGAACCUAGCAGUACUGAUUUAAGUCAUUAUCAAUGCAGGCCUAGCGAUUUGCCUUUAUACGCUCCCUUGCACUCAUACAACAAAGCCGAGCGUUUGCCGCAUCCAGAAAAACCAUCGGCUGCUCGUGAAACUUUGGAAAAAGGUAUACAAGCAAUACGUUCCGAAAUUCAAGCCGGUGUACACAUGGCAACUCAACAAAAAGCCAAUAUAGAUGAAUAUCUCCACAUUGCUAAGCAGCAUACAUUAUCUACGGUUGACUAUCUAAAUGAACCCCAAAACAUACUGCCACGAACGGGCGCCAUAGCUAUCGGUGGACUGGCUGGUUUUAUAUUUGGGGCUCGUGGUGGAUUUAUUAAAAAAUUCCUAUACACAACUGUUGGUGCUGGGGCAGUGGCCUCAUUAUGUUAUCCACGACAGGCCGAACAAUUUGCCCAAGAUGCUUUGUAUCAGGCACGAAAAGGUUAUGCCAUCGCUUAUAAUUUUGUAAAAGGUGUUAAACCCGGGGAAGAAGUGCCUAUAGAGCCAAUUAAUAAGUUCCCUACGUCUUUGGAAGAUAUAAAGUAUCUUUUUUACGAUUUGUACGACGAGGCUAAAGAAGCUGUUUUCCCAAAGAAAAAGUAAAAGCAAAUUUAAAAAUUGAAUGGGCAAUUAUUGUAUGUAAGGACACGAUUAUUGAAACGAAAUUGUAAAGUAAAGUGUUGUCAUAACUGAUGUUUAGUAGUAUCUAUAUGUAUAAGAUAAAAACGAAGCGAAAAAUAGAAUAAUUAGAAAAUAAUAGUCAACUGUUUAGGAAAGUUGUGCAUUAUUUUUUAAUUAUAAUGUUUGAACAAAAAAGAAAUAAAAUUGUAAACGAACU